CGCUGGCGACGGUGACGUCGGUGAGACAGUCGGAGAUUGUUAUAGACAGUUCCGAUCCGUCAUUUGAGAGCUUAGUGUGGUCGAUUCUAAGCAGAGUUGAGCGCGACGACGCGCAUCUGGCAAAAUGGCAGAACGAAGCCGUGCGGAUUACCUCGCGCUUCUCUACCUAACUUGCUUGGUCGCGCAGAUGGUGCGGUCGAACCCGGUGAACAUCCCCCUGAAUCGGGUGCCGCUGCAACUGUCGAACAAGGCGUGGAAAGCCCUAAACGAUCACUCUCCGACGCAUCACUUGUACGCGCAUGGCAAUCUAAUAAAUGCACAAGAAUUGGAUGAGCCGCCUUACAAAGUAUAUAAAUUUACGUACGAUUUGAGUCCAAUAUGUGGAACGGAGUCUUGUCCCAGAGAGGCCUGUACAAUUGACCUGAAGCAAGACGAGUACGGCGACAUAGAAACGCUGAAUGAUUCCAUUCAGUGCAUGUACUUCUAUCCAGCUGAUGCACAGAAUGACAUGUCGCAGGAGCAACAGAGUUAUCAGGAGCAAGAGGAUAUUCAGGUCACUCAGGAGAAUCUAGCCGAACAGAUGAACAACAAUCGAAGCGUGGAGUUGGAUCACGAGAUUCAGGAGACCGGUGAUGAGAACAUUAGACCGUUCAUCGCCAUGCGCGCUUCUGGCAACAACUAUUGUCCGGGUUGUCCGUACGAACUAAAUCCGAAUCUGCCAGGUCUUCUUACUUUUGGUGAACAAGCAUUGAAAUCAAUGGACGAGCAGACCACAAACGAUUACAAGCACAAGUUAAUGAGUAUCGUAAGAGUUACCCGCUUGGUAUCGGUCUCGUCUAACGUGAUAGAGUAUCAGCUGUUACUGUUGAUAGGCGAGUCUGAAUGCCUGAAGAACGCUUUAGAACAGGAGCAGGAAUGUCCAUUGCGAAUAACCGUUCCAACCAAAUUGUGCCUAGUCACGUUCGAGCAACGACCGUGGCAACAGACAUCUCUGAAGAUCACUAAAAAUAACUGUACAGAUCCCGAGAACGUGUCCACUAGCCAAACGCAAAGAUCAAAUUUGGAGAGCGAAUCCUUUGUAACAGUCAAGUAUAACGAAGGACAAUCGUCCCAUACUGAGAUGGCCGAUAUGUAUGAAGGUUUGAAGGAAAUUUUGGACAAUUAUACUCUCGCACCUUCGACGCCCUCAAAGGAACCCGAGGAAGCUGAAGUCACAGAAUCCUCUAUCAUGAAAGUAGUAUUGAAUAAGAGUCAGGACGACGAAAAGAUUUCAGGUUUUACGGACAAGGUAAAAGAGUUCAAAGAAUUCUUAGAGGACUUUGAUCUGCCUGUCAAGGUGGAAGAUGCUACAUCCAAUACAGAUGGAGCUAUGAAAGAAGUCAAGGAAGAGAAAUUUCAGCGAAAGAAGGUUUUUGUAGAGGAUCUGAAGGUCGAAAAAGUAAACGAUAGAGGAAACGUUAAUAACAGAAGGAAACGUUCAGAGCCUGGUCAGAAUUUGGUCGGUGCUCCAGGCGCUAUAUCCAUAAACGAUCCUGAUAUUCAACUCUUUGCCCAAAAAGCUUUGCAAAAAAUUUCCACAGAAUCGAACGGUCCGAAUGAGCCGUUUAUAGUAGAAAUCACCGAAGCGAGCGUCCAGGUGGUCGCCGGUAAACUUUACAAGAUCAAAGCCAAGCUGGGCGAUAGUAAUUGUUUAAAGGGCGUCAAGGACAACUGCAAGUUGCUAGAAGGAAGCGAGGUGAAAGAGUGUCUGAUAGAGGUAUGGUCGCGACCAUGGCUCCAGGAUCCACCUCAGAUAACGGUUACGUGCCCUCCGUCGGAAAAUAACAGAAGGAAACGGUCCCUUCGUGGCGUUAAUUACAGCAACAAGAUGCUGCAAAUCUCCAAGGACGUGAAGCUCGAUCGGCUAUUCGACAAGUUCGUGACGACCUACAAUCGGACAUACUCCUCGUCGGAAGAGAGAGAUCUGCGAUUUAAAAUAUUCCGUGAGAAUUUAAAUUUUAUAGAGGUGCUGCAAAAGACCGAGCAAGGAACCGGUGUCUACGGCGUGAAUAUGUUCGCUGAUGUAUCGCAAGAGGAAUUCCGCACGCGUUACCUCGGUCUACGACCAGACUUGCAAUCGGAAAAUGAAAUUCCUCUGCCUAAGGCCGAAAUCCCGGAUAUCGAGUUACUACCCAGCUUUGACUGGCGACAGAAGGGCGUCGUGACUUCAGUGAAGGAUCAAGGUUCAUGUGGUUCGUGCUGGGCCUUCUCGGUGACGGGUAACGUCGAAGGCCAAUAUGCGAUCAAGCACGGCAAGUUGUUGUCUCUGUCCGAACAGGAACUGGUGGACUGUGACGAUCUUGAUGAGGGCUGUAACGGUGGCUUACCCGAUAACGCCUAUAGAGCUAUCGAGAAGCUAGGCGGUCUUGAACUAGAAUCAGACUAUCCAUAUGAGGCGGAAAACGAGAAGUGUCAUUUCAAAAAGAAUUUGGCGAAAGUAGAAUUAGCUUCCGCUGUCAACAUUACAUCGAACGAGACGCAACUAGCACAGUGGUUGGUACAAAACGGUCCAAUCUCCAUCGGCAUUAAUGCUAAUGCCAUGCAGUUUUAUAUAGGUGGUGUCUCGCAUCCUUACAAAUUCCUGUGCAACCCAAAGAAUCUGGAUCAUGGUGUACUAAUCGUUGGAUAUGGCACAAGUCACUAUCCGCUUUUCAAUAAAAACAUACCAUAUUGGAUCAUCAAGAAUAGUUGGGGAAAAUCUUGGGGCGAACAGGGAUACUACAGAGUUUACCGCGGGGAUGGCACUUGCGGACUUAAUAUGAUGGCCUCUAGUGCCGUGGUUGUUUAACGCUGCUACGUUAAAUAAGUUUUUCAUGACAAUUAACUUAUAAUCGUUUCAAGCGAAGUUAUACAUUAUACAUACAUAUAUAUAGAGAUAUCCUUUUCUACUAAUUAACGCCGAUUUUGAAACAGAAUCCAUUCGCUUGUCAAAGAUUUAAUAAAUGCGAUUUGAUCACAUUGUCAAUCUUCACUAUGUAUUAUAGUAUUCAUUCAAUAUGAUGUUCAGCUUGUGCAAGUAUCUGGCAAGCGGAUGAAUCGUCUGGAGCUAGUUAUAUGUUGUGUAAUUUAAGCUAAGUUUAAUUUUCCGCAUAUAUAUAUAUACAUAUUAGGAGAAAACAGUGUUCAAGAGAAAAUCGUUUACGACAAUCCUAUUCGUUUGUUGAAAAGAUCGAAACUAAAUUAUAUAAUUCGCUACUAAUGUUUUGCAAAUCUCUUUAUAAAAUAAUACGGAUAUAUAUAUAUAAAUAUAUAAAGUGUGUUAAAAUAUGCUACGAUGUUGAAACUUCAGCAAUAGAAAGUAGUUUUAAUUGCGUGUAUAAAAAUCAGUAAGUAAAAAAUGAAAGUGUACUCCCUUCCCCUAAGAAACUUUUAUAUUUCACAGUUUUUAAGUUUGUUACAG